CGUUGAACUUGAUCCUCCCCCGACAGCUGCUCAUCCUCAAGCUCUGAUUACAUAUAUCUACAGCUGCUCAUUGUAAAGAUGCCAGGCCGUGUCCGUCCCUCGGCCAUCGCGCAAAUCUUCACAGAAGCUCAAUCAUCGCGCAUCUCGCGCAAGAAUGCAGUUCUCCUCAAACAAGACCUGCUCCAUAACGAGCGCUUCACUCAAGAGUUCCUAUCGCUCCUCAAUCGUGUGCUUGUCCUUAAAAAGGCAGAUGCCAAUGCAGACCGCAUCAUCAAACUAACUGCGCUGUUUGUUUCUGUUUUGGAUGCUACGGAAGAUGAAGCCGAGCAAGAAUUGUUUGGCGAAUUCACGGCUGACCUCGUCCAUCAUCUGUUGCGUGGUAUGGAAUCAAAGGAGAAGAAUGUGCGUUAUCGUGUUGUGCAGCUACUUGCAUUCAUCAUGUCUUCUGGUCUCUCCGAGAUUGACGAAGAUCUAUUUAAGCAGCUUGAAAAAGCACUCAUUCGUCGCGUACGAGACAGGGAAGCGAGCGUGCGUGUGCAAGCGGUCCUUGCACUGUCUCGCUUCCAGGCUGAUAUGAAUGACGAGGAAGAAGAAGUCGAUGAGGAUGAAGACUCGACCAAAAUAACUGAAGUCAUGCUGCACCUACUACAACAUGAUCCAGCAGCCGAGGUACGCAGAGCAGUGUUGCACAACCUCAGUCAGAGCCCUGCAACCUUGCCAUUCUUGUUAGAACGCGCGCGUGACCUGGAUCCCAUCAUGCGCAAACACAUCUACACCACUGUCCUACCUUCCAUCCAAGGCUUCAAACCCUUGUCCAUCAGCAAACGCAACAAGCUCCUCAAAUGGGGUCUGCGAGACCGUGACGAAUCUGUGCGCAAGGCAUCGGAAAAGAUGUUUGCAGUAGAUUGGCUCAAUCUCGCCCAUGGCUCAAUUCUUGAGCUGCUGCAACGUCUCGAUAUCGUCAAUAGUACUGUCGGUGAAGACGUCAUGCGAGCCUUCUUCAAGAUUCGCAAGGAGUUUGUGGAUAGUAUCCAAUUUGAUGAAGAAUUCUGGCAAGACUUGAACCCGGAGAGUGUCUUCCUGGCGCGCUGCCUGAAUGAUCAAUGCACAACGGAAGGGAUAGAUUUGUCUGAUAAACUUCCUGAACUCUCGGAGCUCUCUGAACUUGUCAUGAAGCAAGUACAGCUUGCGCUAACCCAAGAAGAUGCGGACAAGGUCGACACAGAGUUUGUCAUUGAGAAUCUGCUCAAAAUUGUGCAGAAGUCAGACUUCUCAGAUGAGAUUGGUCGCAGGCGCAUUCAAUCUACCGUGCAUAUGAUCUUGCACGCACAGCUGUCUGACAACGUGCAGACACUUGCAGUCAAUGCAUUGAGCAAGAUUGCCGUGAACGAGGUGGAGUACGUCAGUAUUGUGCGGGAGGUGGUGACGGAUCUUUAUGAUGAACUCGAGGAUGACCCUGAAGAGGCUUCAUUCCACUCUGCUGAGUCAGGCACACCAAAUGGCAAAGAGGAGACGAGUGGCGAAGUGAAGUACAUCCUCACAACACUACGGGCACUCAACCUCGUGCACGCACUGAUCCUCAACCUCACAGGAACGCUCGCAAGUAAUCCAAAGCUGACGGAAGUUUUGAGCAGCAUUAUUCAUCCUGCCGUUCGUUCACAUGAAGGCCCUAUUCGUGAGCGUGGUAUCGAGUGCUUGAGCUUGAUUUGCCUCUUAGACAAGAAGACGGCCGAAGAGAACAUGGAUUUGUUCAUUUACUGCUUUGCAAAAGGACAUGAAGAGAUGCGCAUCUUGGCGAUUCGAAUUGUGACUGACAUCCUCAUGGCGCAUCCAGCACUACUCAAAACGGUCAUCGCAUCGACCGAUGAAGAAGAGGCCGAACAAUCAUCUCCAGAGGAAGGUUUCGUCCGCAUGUUCUUGAAGGCUUUUGAGAAUGACGACUUUCCAGAGGUUCAAGCGACCGCUGCAUUGUCCGUCUCAAAGUUGCUCCUGCACAACAUCCUUCUGCCAGACUCAGUCAAUGCCCGUGGACUGCUCAAGGAGAUGGCAACGCUAUAUUACUCCCCUGCGUCCUUUGACAAUCAAUCACUCAAGCAAUGCCUGGCCUAUUUCUUCCCAGUGUACUGCUACUCAUCAGCGCAGCACCAAGAAGCAUUUGCGACUGUUGUCGUGAGCGUCAUGCGCCGCGUUUCACGACAAUACGAAGAACUGGACGCUGAGGAACGGCAAGAGAUGGCAGCAUUGACGAGUGUUGGCGCGCAACUCAUGGAAUGGACAAACCCGCUACGACUUGCCAAUUUGCCUGCCCAGUCCAUGGAUAGCGUUCAAGCUUGUCAAGUCGUCCAUAUUGCGCCUGGUCUUUUGAAACGACUGGGCGUUUGCAAGAAGGAGGAAGGCCGUGUCCUUGCAUCUAUGCUCGGCAAAGUGCAUCUUCCGCGACGAUUCGAGCAGGAACAGAUUGAAACGGCAGUGGAGGAUUUGGAUGAUGUAUUGGAACGAUGCAGUGAUAUGGUCACGAAGCGGAGUCUUGUGCGUUUCAAAGCAGCGAUGGACAAGGCGCUUGCAAGCCAGGACAGCGAGACGGUGGUUGGAGAUGGCGACAAGACAAGUGCUGCUGCGGAUGAAGAGGAUACUGCGACUGUCAACGGCGAUGUCACUGCUGCUGGGGACAUCACAGUCGUUGCAUAGUGCAUACUUAAAUACUGUAGGAUCAAGUUGACGCUGCCAGCCCAUCUCGCCAGUCACAAGAAAAAUUUAUGGCCGCGACCUCGACCAAACCUGCACCCGGGCACAGAGCAACCUGCUUUCCCCGAACAGCCCCCAGUGCCCCAUCUACAGAGGCCCUGUAGCGAGAGAGUCGUGCUUGCAUCCUUCAUUGAGCCAGUUAGAGGCUACAAUACAUUCAUUUAGAGAUGGCAGAGCAGGAGCCAUACAACGACGAGACCGCUGACCAGGCCCCACAACGUAAGACAUGCAUCGCACGCCCGUCUCAAGGUGGUACGUAAGCUGACAUCUGGUGUAGAGCUCUUUACCAUCACCGUACAGCUGCCUCAGUCG